AAAGCAGGUACAAAGCUGGUGACUAAUCAUCACAGGCCUUUUGCCUUUAGCCAUCAGAGUUAACGUUUAUGACUAAAAAUGGGCUUGUUUAAAAAAAAAAAAGGAGAGGAAAGAAAACAAAUCACCCUUGACCACCAAGGACUGCCUCUUCCUGACGGCCCCUAUUCACAUAAAUACAGGAAGUAGAAAAGAAAAAUCAUGCUCUUUUCAGAGGGUUUGGGAGUCAAUUGAAACAGCGGUGAGGAAAAGCUUCCCCUCCUAUUGUGCCGAAUCCAUCAUCUGCAAUUCUUCUUCUUUUUUUAAAUCGGGGGGGGGGGUCCAAGAGUCGUGAAAGUUUUGACGGAAAUGCCAAGGUAUAACUUUGUCUACAAGGAAAACUUAUAAGGAUUCUGAAAGGAGAAGUUUCCGAUUCUGGCUGGGAUGAUGAAAAUGUCGAUGGGAAACCAGGGAAGCGGGCCUGCUACAGAGACCGGAGAGGAGGAGGAAGAUAAAGGUUCAUCAAGUCAGCCUAUUGCUCUGAGGAAUUGUUUUCACCUGCAGAGGAACAGUAUUCUUGAGAAGCUCAUCAAAACCUGCCCAGUUUGGCUUCAGUUUGGCAUCAGUCUGGAAAAGGCUUCUGACCUACUCUGCAAGGAACCAUCGGGGAUAUUUAUGGUUCGGAAAGAUGAGACCCUGAAAAAUCUAUUCCUGUUAGUUCAUUUUCCAGUCCAGAAAGAGGGGUGUGACAUUCUAGAAUACAAGAUAAAAGAAGAAAAAUCUUUAUUGCACCUGGAAGGAUCUCUUCUUGUGUUUGAAGACAUCUUCAAACUGGUGGCGUUCUACUGUGUCAGUAGAGAUCUGCUUCCGUACACACUAAGAUUGCCACAAGCAAUAUUGGAAGCCAAUAGUGCCACGGAAUUAGAAACUAUCUCUGAUUUGGGGACAGGUUUCUGGAACUCCUCUUUACAUCAAAUACAAGGAAGAAGGCUUCUCCAUUCUGUGAAAGACCCUGCUUACAUCACAGCUCAGGCAAAAAAAGGAAAGAACCCCAGCCAGCCUUUUGCAAGCGGCACGAACAAUUGUUCAUGUGAAACUGAGCUGUCAAUAGGAAGUGACAAGCUGUGGUUUGUAAAUCCUAUUUUUAUAGAGGAGAGCAGCUAUCAAUUUCCCCCACAUAUUUCUCCUUCAGAGAUCUUCAGGGAGAGUCCUUCUGGUGUUAGCAACUUUGUGACAAAACCUCCAAAGAGAUCUCCUACUCGACGUCCUCCCCCUCCUCCUCCUCCUUCUCUUCCUCCUCCUUCUCUUCCUUCUCCUUCUCUUCCUCCUCCUUCUCUUCCUCCUCCUCCUCCUCUUCCACCACCACUUCUAUUGCCCUUUCAUGCUGUGAAACAAGCCAAAAUAUCUUCUAUGACCCCUUCCAAAGAGGAUCAAUUCCAUAAUUUGGAGAAAAUCAAAAAGGAGAUGAAAACUGAAAUUAACAAAGACAAGGAAGAUAGCAGACAAGAGCUCUUUUUGCCUCAUAGCCUUCCAUCUACAAAUUCAAAGAAGAUUCCUCCAUCCAUUCCACCAAGGCGAUGUUCAUCUGAGAGAACUUCAGGAAACUCUUCCUUUGAUAAAAGUCAGAAAUGUUCACCGAUAGAAGAAAAACAAGUAGAAGAACAGAAUCGGAGGAAUGAAACUUUGACUAAUGAUCACCAGGGUGAUAAAGCUCCAGAUGUAUUGGUGGAAGUGACAGAGAAAUCUGCCUCAAAUGCUCAAAACGUGACACUUGAUGGAGAUGACAAGAAGGAACUUGCAAAACAGAAGCAGAACCUAUCAUCGGGAAAACCCUCCCAGCCUCCCAUCCCACCACUAAGAAAGAAGAGGUUCUUUAAACAGUCAUCAUCUACCAUUUCUUUUUCGUUGGAGCACAAGAACAUUGAAGAGUCAGAAGUUCAACAAGAAAAUAAACAAAGAGUAGAAAAAACUUGUUCCAUUUCCAAAAAGGAAUCAAAAUCUUGUCUUAAGCUUGUCAGCAUAUCAGAUUGUGAACGUUCAAGUGAUUCAUUGCAUUCUCCUAUAGGCAAUGCAAGGGCUCAGAUGUCUGCCUCUGAGCCAGAUUCUUAUUCUACAAGCAGCACUGAAGAUGAGUUCGAAUUGAGGACCAGUCCUACAGUGAAGAAGACCCAUUCUAUGAUUUUAGGCAGGGCCAAGCGUCGUCUGUCCAUGGUCAGCCUAAGCAAUGUCUUCACAGCAUUUCUCUCUUCUGACCGAAAGCUUCAGAAGAAGAUUGUGGAACUGGCCCAGGAUAAAGACUCUUACUUUGGCAACUUGGUGCAGGACUAUAAAGUCUAUAGUCUGGAGAUGAUGGCAAAACAGAUCUCCAGCACAGAAAUGCUACAAGAGAUUCGCUUAAUGAUGACACAAUUGAAAAGUUACUUAAUUCAAAGUACCGAGCUGAAAUCUUUAAUGGACCAGACUGUUCACACAGAUGAGAAGCUAGAGGUGAUAAUAGAAUCCGCUUUGCACAAAUGUGUCUUGAAGCCUUUAAAAGUGCCCAUUGAUACUUACUUACGGGAAAUCCAUAACAAAGAUGGAUCUUUCAAACUCCUAAAGGAAAACCAGCAAGUCAUACAAAAUACAACCACAACCGAAUUGGGAGUCACCACUAGUGUGCCUGAAUCUGCACUGCUGGAAAGAAUAUUCCAUAAAUUCACAACCAUGACAAAGGCUUAUUCUCCAGAAAAGAAAAUCAGCAUUCUACUGAAAUCUUGCAAACUCAUUUACGAUUCUAUGACUCAAGGAAAUCCAGGGAAGCCUCAUGGAGCAGAUGACUUCCUCCCAGUGCUCAUGUAUGUUCUGGCCCGCAGUGACCUGACAGAGAUGAUUCUCAAUGUAGAGUAUAUGAUGGAACUUAUGGAUCCUGCUCUGCAGUUGGGUGAAGGUUCUUAUUAUCUAAUCACUACUUAUGGGGCAGUAGAACUUAUCAAAAGCUAUGAUAAGAUCGCGGUCACUCGACAACUAAGCACUGAAGUUCAAGAUUCGAUCCACCGCUGGGAGAGACGGAGAACACUUAACAAAGCCCGGGCAUCUCGAUCAUCUGUUCAGGAUUUCAUUGCCAUUUCUUUUAUGGAGGCUGAGGCCAAAACAAGGACACUGGCAUAUCGGACCGACUCCACGACUCAUCAAUUAAUUCAGCAGUGCGCUGAGAAAUUUGAAGUCUCAGAGCCCCAGGACUACGGACUGUUUGUCCAAGUGGAUAACAAAACUAUGCAGAUGGAUGACGAUGCCCUCCCUCACCAGAUCAAAUCCCACCUCUUGAAUAAAGAGCCCAUGCUGACUUUCUGCUUUAUUUAUAAACAACUUGGUGGAGAAGAGUCACCAGUUCCUAUUAUCAAGGACACAGAUGCCUUGUAGCAGCAAGGCUACCCUCUUGGAGCAAACUUGGUUUAGAUGUUUCUUCUUCCAAAUCAUCUCCUCCAGCAGCAGAAACUUUCCAAAAUACAGUUUCUUCUCUGGGUGGUGACAUGGAUAGCAUAUGCAAUCCUCCUCUGGGACAUUUACUUGACAGAAUUCAUUUGCAUUUAUUAAUGGAAUAUCCAAGGAAAGUUCAUUCUUGGAAGGGGGAAAAACUCACUUGAACAGUAGCUUGGAGCCUCAAACCAUGAAUGGCUGAUAUAGUGUUAGUGCCAGAUUCCUUGGCACAAAGUAAAUGGUCUUGAAGUUGUAACAAAUUGUUAGACAUUGUAGCAUCACCUCCUCAAUGUAUAACAGAAAGGGUGCAAGUUGUUUUUGACGGUCAUCACAGAAAAUCCGAAUGGAUUAGAUUUCCCUUUAGUAGAACAAAAAUUAAUAAUGAUUUAAGUAGCUCAGAGUGAUUAGAUUCUCACAUAUCCCACCUAAGAUGGCCUACAAUGCGCAUCUAAUGGUAAACUGACGUGGGAGACUGUAGAGGUUUGUGCACUUACAUAAAAUCUCAGUGUAUCUAUGUAGUAUCUACUGAUGUUAACAAAAAAAAAUCUGAGUGGCCAUUUCUCAUAUUCUUUCUAUGUCUUUGUUAUAUUCUCUUGUUGCACACAUUGUAUGACAGCCAAUUCACACCCAUCUUUAUAUUUCCAGGUACUGUACAAAAUAAUUUGCCAUGAAGAUACAAUUGACAAGCAAGAGUCUAGCCAUAAAUUAAUGUAGAAAUGUUUGCAUUCCAUGUCUCCUCUAUCCUCAUUAUCAUUCAUAAAUUCAUUCUUAGGAGUGUAUCAGAAAGCAGGUUUGCAUCAGUAAUUUACUUCUCAAAGGAGAAGAACUAUAUGCCCAAAGUAGAAACUUUACUUUUGCAUGCCGAACCCUAUAUAUAGAACUGACAAUGAUACCUGUUAAAAAACAAGGAAGAACCACUGGCAGUCAGAUUAGGUGUGUGCCAGAGUCUAACUCUGCAUAAGGUAACCACCUUUAUACCUGGAUGAAGAAGGAAAGCAGCAGCAUAAGAACAGAUGACAAGAGUGGAGAGGACAAAGAAAAAAAGAACAUUAUUAUAACAAACGUUUUCAUGAAUCACAGACCACUUAAUUUAUCUGUGUCUUUAAGCUGUCAUACAAUUCCUCGUUGCUGUUAUAAUAGGGGCUAUGAAAAAAAACAGUUGAUUUGAGGUAUUGUUGUUGUCUUCUACUUUUGGUCCUCUGAACAUUUCAAUCUAGGUACAGAAUGUGGCUCUUCAGAGCUCUCCACAACAAUACAAAGCCAGACACACAAUCUGGCCAUGAGAAGCUGAACCUUGUGUAUUAGCUUAAUGAGGAUAAUGGUUUUCUCAUAUGAGUACAGUAUGCAAUGGCAUCCAAUAAUGCUGAUUUAUACAGUCUGUCAUCUAUCUAUCUAUCUAUCUAUCUAUCUAUCUAUCUAUCUAUCUAUCUAUCUAUCUAUCUAUCUAUCUAUCUACUAGACUACUCGUUCAGCAAUAAUUCAAAAUUGCGAUGGUACUGAAUGAUUCGUACUUGCAACUGGUCCUUGAAGUUUUGAUAGUGAUCUGGGCAUUUUGCAACUUGUUUGCACUUAUAAUGCGUCUCAGUCAUGUGGUCACCAUUUGGAAUCUUCCUUAUUGGCUUCCCACAAGCAAAAUCAACAGGGAAGCUGGCAGGGAAUGUUGCAAGUCACUGUGGUCAAUCAUUUGCACUCUUCUCCCACCUGCUUCCCACUCACCAUUCCCCAUCCAGCAGCCUUCCUGCACUUGCAUUGUGCUUUGUGGGCUACUUACAUGCCUCCCCUUCCUGGCAGCAGCUACUUACCUGCCUGCUGGUCUGCUUGUGAGCCUCCUGGGACUCGCUUAGCAAGCUGCAAUCCUCAUUGAACAAUAACUAUGGGGAAGUGCCAGGAUUGCUGUCACAUGAUGUCACAUUUAGCGAUAGAAAUUCUGGUCCCAUUUACUGUUGUUAUUCAAGGAACACCUAUAUCUAUCUGUCUGCCUGUCUGCCUAUCUUGUUUGGCAUCUAAUUUUGGCGGCUGUUUGGCUUACCAUUGAUCAGUUAAGAUGCUAAACUGCUCUGGCAGAGCUUGAAAUCAAUAGUUUUGUUAGGUAGCUCUGCUGGCCUAAAACUGUAUAUUGUCGUCUCAGUGUAAGAGGCCUUUUCUGCCACACAAAAAGUGUACCUUCCAGUUACGUAUUAUUUCUUUUAAAUCUGAUAUUGAGAAGUGUGUCACCUCUAUCAUAGCAUUUUAUAAGAUCUGUGCUCUAAGAAGACCUUCGGAAAUGUAUUUAUUUUCUUGAUUUAUGUGUAUUUUAAGGUAAUGGAAACUGUGUUAACAAAGACUUUGGAAUGGAAAAGCUUUAGUCACCCAGAUAGCCUGUCCUCUUCAGGCCACUUAUAUCAGUCUGAUAAAACAGUUUGGAAGGUCACAAGAUAACCUUUUGUACUCAGGGGCUAGAAGUAAUGUGACUAAUUGUAUAGACUGUCUUUAUCUCUUCAAAUAAUUCUGCAUUAUUUUGUGAGUUUAUAAUAUAAAUCAUGUAUUGUCUGAGGACAUUCCUCCUCCCAGCUAUGCUUGUUUUCUAUUAUUGUCAACUUUGCCAUUAAAUUCCCAUUCAAAAGA